UCACACCAUUUCUCAGGACGCCAUCUUCUGACAAGUAUACUGCUAAAUAUAUUGUUUCUGACCUAUUUUGUGCUCAUGUCUGUCAUCGCUGAUCUACGGCUCUCUCUGUGCCAGUGCCCCAUUGAAACCUACAAUAACCUCUUCAUUGUAAGGUUACAAUAACAAACAUACCAUCACAUAGCACAUUGGGAUAUAGCUACAAAUGGGUAGGGUGCUCUGCAAGGGGUAGAAAAGACCAUGUCAAGCAAUGUUACCAGAGAAACUACCACACAAUAAAUAGUAACUGUCCAACCAUGUAUUACUCUUACCCCUGCCAGAUUCUCGAGGACCGCAAUGGAGAUGAAUUGAUAAAGGUACAAGAGCGUACAGAAACCGUAAGAAUAGGUAGCACUUAAGACAUUUGAGAACAAGUGUAAAUUGUAAGGACUCACAUCUAUGCUGACUUUCAUUCGCAUUGACCCAGAAGAUGUGUCAAGGGGCAGCCGUUAUCGCUACUACCUUUGGCAUAAUGUUGCCAUGGCAACGGGACAAACUGCACACCGUACCAUUCCCCGCUUCUGCGUGCACCUGCUGGACAUUGUGUCGCCCAAACAAUUAUCAACAAAAGCUGACAGGUGCAAAAGAAACGGCUGCCACCGUUGGCUACUGGGUAACAAAUGGCACAGGGGGAACCCAAACCUCCUGGGAAGCCCAACUUUCAAACAAUCACAGCGAUAAUGUGUCCACUUGAAAAGCCACUAUCUUUCAUCAUCAGUAAAUAGCCAAUAAUUCAUGGGUAUUAUUUCUUCAUGAGAGCUUCUCGAGGAGAAUUUCUUUCUCACCAUUUUCCAUCAAAGGGUUAAGGUUUCCCCCUGUAAAACCUGACAGAGCAGAAAUGAUACUAGGUAAAUACCAGGAACAAAGGAAAACUCAACAGCAGUGUAAAACAUGGCCGACUGCCCACUUGAAAGUUAGAAACAACACAAUGAUUUGAUCUGUAUCUCAAGAAGCAAGAUCCCCUAAAGACUCUGUGAGCACGGAAAAGUGUGUAGAACAUCGCAUUCCUUUGGAGAUGAGCCAGUGCCAAGGCCAUUGGCCCCACAUUUCUGUCUCCAGCAGGUUCUGUACAAACAACUCACUGAUUGGUCGAGCUCUUAAUGACUUCUUCAAGCAGGAAGUUGAUUGGUCAAAACGUGGAUGUCACCAAUGGACACCCAAUAGUUUUAUGCAAAUGAGGAGGUGGGCAAACAUUAAAAUCUGGUGUUCAGAGGCAGGUUCGUGAGUGCUCCUUACUACUUCAGCAAGGAAACAUCCCCCUCCAGUCUCGUGAGACUUAGCUGAGCACAGCGACAGAGAUCUCUCAGAUCAAGGCACAGGUUGAGGACACACAAUUCCACAGUUGGCAACUGAAAGUUCACCAUCCAGAAAAAAAGACCUGGUAAAGUGAAGAGGAGAGAAGAGUACAACCUGCUCACCAGCAUCAGCACCAUUUGAAGGCAAUGGCUACAGGAUUCAACAUGUGUCAGGUGUUCCUGCUCAUAUGCUGCCUCCUACUGCAGCAUAUGGCUAAAGUCACCUCCUGUCCAACCACCCCGGCAUGUUCAUGUGAUGGCACAGAUGUCAACUGCAACAGUCUGGAGUUGGAUAUCAUUCCACCCGACAUACCCGCCGACACCACUGCUUUAAGUCUCUCCCAAAACCAAAUUGCAGCUCUCUCUGCUGACGCCUUCUGUUCCUUUGACAGCUUACAGACUCUGGACUUAUCCUACAACCAUCUUGACGCUCUCGGAGAGGCAGCAUUUUGCAGGCUUUCUGCCAUAGUAACCCUUGACCUCUCACACAACGUCCUGAGAAACAUUCACCAAUCCACAUUUGAUGGCCUCUCAUCUGUCCAAACUCUGAGACUCUCGUACAAUAACUUGAAGACUUUACCCAAUGGUUCAUUCUCUGACCUGGCAGGUCUGAAAACAAUUGACCUGUCUCACAACUCUCUGACAGAGCUGCCUGAAAACAUAUUCCUCUCCAAUGAUCUCAACAACCUGGAUCUUUCCUACAAUGCCCUGACUUCCUUCCCUCUCUCUCAGGCUCUGCCACUGGAUAAAAGCUUUGCAAGUAUCUUCAACUAUCAACUCAAAAUCGACUCCAACAGAAUCACAACCCUCCCUUCAUCUGCCUCCUCACAUUUUGAAUAUUACGUGUGGGCAACAGUAACAAUGACGGACAAUGCCAUCAGUUGUGAUUGCGAAUUGCUGCCAUUUACAAACAUGCACAAGGCGGGCAUCUACAGUCCAUUUGAUUGGCCUGUCUACCUGGCCUGUGGCAGUCCUGAUUGGCUACAGGGACAACAGAUCUACUACCUGGACACGGCACAGCUGACCUGUAUUGCUCCAAACAUCACGAGUACCGCUCAGGAUCAGGAUGUCAAUGUGGUCCAGGGAAACAGCACAACAUUAAGCUGUGUAGCAAGUGGUCUGCCAAACCCAACAAUUGUGUGGACAUUGCCAAAUGGUGAAACUAUUGAUUCCUCUACAGAGGGGAACACCAAAUUUGCCUUACUAGAAACUGGCGCAUUGAACAUUGCUGACACAGAACCAGCCGAUGAAGGCAGCUACAAAUGUGAAGCACAAAACACAUAUGGAACUGUUGCUAUUUACCACAAUGUUACGGUAAUGAAAAGGUUGAUGAGUGAGACAGUGGGCACCAGUACACAGAAGACACUGUUGUCAUCAACACAGGCAAUGACAUCACCUGUGACUGAGUCAGAACACAGUAUCUGGAAUAGUCUCAUCCCAGAUGAGGCCAUGCCAGUCACUGUGAUUGUAUCGUCCAUGGUUGGGAGUGUGUUAAUCAUUGGUGCCAGCAUAGCAGGAGUUAAUGUUUGCAUUGCAAAGUGCACAGCUGCCAAAACAACACAAGUGGUUCCGAUUUAGACACUUUUUCCAACCGUUAGUCUUAGGAAAUGAUUAUUGUUCUCACAUCAACUUGGGUGAUGCAUGUGAGCAUUUGUACAAACGACAUAACAGUACAUGUAUUUAUGGUAUUGAGUUGUAAGUAUAGUGAAGUACCAUAUUGUAAGAUAUGAAGAUAUUUGGUCUACAUGUAUACAGUUGAAGGAUGGACCUAUUGAGAGAAAUGACAAU